AAAGUGUAAUCCUUAGAUGUCACAUCAAUAAUCCUUAGGCAGCGCAGUUGGCGCAAUUUGAGAGUUAAUUAAUUAUCGUCAUUAAAGUAGAAUCAUAAUAUUUAUAAGUUUUUAACCACGACAAACAGUAGGUGAUGUAGGUUUAAAGUAAAGACGUAUAUUUACGAAACAAGUAUUAAAAAAUAACAACUUUGACGCAUUCCAAAAACCACAAGUACAAAGUAAAGAACAAAAGUGAUUUUUAUUUUUGAGUGAUUUUAAUAAAUGUUUGAUUUGACACGUUUGCAAAUAAUUGCUGGGCUGCUGAAGGAUGGGUUAGAUGCGAGGGUUGGUGAGGGGGAGGGGUGGUAAUGGGAGAAGGACAACAGUUAAGAAAUGUGCAAGGGAUUUAAUAAUAAGAUUGGAUUGAAGAUAAAGAAAUUUCAAGUUUAGGUCGAUGGUGGUAUUCAAAUUGUGAAUUACAAGUUGUGGCGACUUCAAGUCACAUCUAGUCAGUAAUAAUCUAGUCAGUAAAUAAUUACCCAAGUUGUACAAAGUAUAAGUGUCUACAAUUGUGGAGAAAAUACUGAUCUGAAGUACACAAUUUAGUAAGUGCUGAGUGACUGAUCUCAUUGUACGCAAUACAGUACCACACCCUGAUAAGAUAGAUGUCUCAUCGCCAAACAGGCCCACCUCCUCCUCCUCCUAAACACCAGUCCCCCAAACCAAGCAGUAACAAUCACCAUCAUCACGGAAAAACUCGUGCUGGACCGAGCAAUGGGGGACCCAACGCUACGACGACGACAGGAGGAUCACCCUUGAUCUCCAGUCCCACUCACAAGCAGAAUGGUCGAAUAGCAGUUGCCGCCCUACCAUCGACGUCGUCGUCGUCAUCAUCAUCAGCAACUUCUGGACCUUCUGUUACUCCUACUGCUGCUGCUGGUGCUGUUGGUGGGAAGAAAAGUCCCCUCUUGUCCAGCCUCGCCCAGAACAAACCUUCGACAUCCAGUGCAAACUAUAAGGACAUGAUGGCAGCGAAAACCUUACAGAGCCCGGCAGGCGUCGUGGGGGACGAGAACAACACUGUGGACGAUGUCAUCGAUCCUGCUGGAGGGGAGGGUGUACCACAAGAUGAAACCGCCACUUCGCCAGAUCAAUUUGAGGUGCUCUUUGGGUCAACGGAUUCAGAGGAUGACCAGUCUAGCAGUAUUAGCAUGAUCCCGGAUAAUGUUCUCGAGAAUUUGUUCACCUUUCUCGAUCUUCCCGACAUUGUGGCGGUUGGGUGCGUAUGCACUUUGUGGAACAGGGUCAUCAGCGAUGAAAAUGGGGACGUGUGGCGGAGUCUCUGUCUUCGCAGGAUGGAUAGGGAGACGCUAAAUUCAGAAAUGUUGGCAAUGUGUCCGUCAUACAAGACAAAGUUGAGGGCAUUUUAUCACGCGUGGAAUCCACUCGAUUGCUCGAGGAAUAUUUAUGUUAAGCCGAACGGAUUCACGAUUCAUAGGAAUCCUGUCGCACAGAGUACAGAUGGUGCCCGUGGAAAAAUUGGGUUUUCCCAUGGAAGACACGCUUGGGAAGUAAAAUGGGAAGGACCGCUCGGAACUGUGGCCGUUCUUGGGGUAGCUACUCACGACGCAGACUUGAGGAUGCAGGGUUAUAUUGCUCUCUUGGGGAAGGAUGAGAGAUCGUGGGGUUGGAACCUUGUUGAGAACGUUCUUCUCCAUAAUGGCGACUCGCAGGGGAAUUAUCCUCUCGUUAAUAAUGCGCCACGCUAUCAGGUGGGUGAGAAAAUACGUGUCAUCUUAGACUGUGAGGACAACACGUUAUCAUUUGAGAAAAAUGAUGAAUUUCUUGGCGUCGCUUUUCGGGGGUUACCUCAGCACGAACUUCUAUUCCCUGCAGUGUCUGCGGUGUACGGGAACUCGGAAAUAUCCAUGAUCUAUCUGGGACCUCCGCUUGACGGAUAGAAACAUAAAUCUUACUGCCACCGGUUUGAAUUGGACAUCGCAUUUCGAUAAAACACAUAAUCCCCUUUCCCUCUAUCCCCCUAUUCAAUUUCACUCUCAGACAGAAUCAGAUCAGGCAUAUGUGUAUGAUGUCUCAGUUACAAAAACAAACAAAUCGUCGUCAUUUUCCACCGUUUUAGUACUUAAAACUAUGCAGUACAAGUGAUGGAUGAUUCAAAAACAUAAUGUCAGUCAACUCAGUCGCUGUAAAAAUUAAGAAUUCCAUUCUUCUAGUCGUUGUUGAACUUGUCAAUCGUGCUAUUCCAGAUUAACACUGAUUAAUUAAUAUAUUACUAUCCUGCGAUGAUCUCACUCAUGCUAUAUAUUGAACCAAAUAUAAAAUUCCACCAACCCAAGAAUGAAAACGAAUAGAGAAAACUCUUGCACUCUCUCUCCAUAAAAUUUUAAAAGCUGCAGAAGCUAUAAAUAUUGUGUACCAAAUCAAACCCAAAUCCAUUCCAUUUUAAUAAGUGUUGCAUAAUUACUAAUAUUUUAUCACGACAAUGAAUGAAUUGACUAAAGCUAAGAUAAAGAGAUGCAGAAGGGACUUAUCACUCGUAUAGGAAAGGAAACUCAUUUGAAAAUUAUGUCGAUCUCAAGUUGAAUCUCAAUAUUGUUGUGCUCGUAGUUUCGUAAAAAAUUAAAUUAUUACUUAUCUUGCUUGCACUGCAAGUAAUCAUCAUACUUCAGCUUCCAUUAUGACUCCUCCUCCCCCAAAAGAGAGACGAUCCCCAUGAGCAUGAGUAAAUUUUAGAAAAAUUGUAACAAAUCUAGUCGUCAGUGAUAAAUGUACACCUCUAACUAUGUAAUAAUCUAUCCUCCUAAUAAUCCUAUAAUUACAAUUGUCGUGCUGCCGUACCGUUUAUAUAGUUGUUGUUGCUGAAAAAUACAUGCACUCGAAAGGAAAUGAAGAAUAUGAAAUAGAAAAGAAAAAUGAAUCGGUAAAAAUAAGAUGAAAAACAUAGAAGUCGGUUUUAAAAAAGGUCACGCAAAUAAUGAUGCAAUGAAAAAUCAAUGAAAAACGAAACGAAAAUGACACGAGUUUAGCUUUUAGAAACACAAGUGGAGCUUUGGACUGCAAUUUAAUCAAUGUUUAAAAUACUUAAUAUUCGUAUUAAAUUUAAACAAAAUAAUCUCGGUAUGUUUAAAAUAUUAUGAUUGUUUAUUUAUUCAUUAUGAUUACGGCGAACAUUUAUUGUGAUAUUUGAAAGCUUGGUUGGUUUAAUCAAAUAAAGAUUUUUUUGAUCGAUGGCUUAGAAAACAUGCAAAAA